AAGGAACAGCUGAGGUUACUUUAGUAAAUUAAUUUUUCGUGUCCCCAAAUUAAAAGACUAAAAUACUCCCAUAUCUCUGAAAUCGAUGUUCGUCUCCUCCUAUUUCGUUGCCUCUCUUCGCAUCUCACUUUUCUCUCUCCUCACCGAACAACACUGACCCAUUUUUAGGGUUACACUUCCUCGCCUUCGUCCCGCAAAGAUGGUCUUCAAUCGCCUCCAUCCUCAGGUGCUCCGGCGGCAGCGUCUCCCUCUAAAGCCAAAUUGUUGUCAUCGGAGGGUGGGUUCCUCUCCAUUUGUCUUUCCUUCCAUCGUUGCCGAUCACCUCCAUCGCCACCAUCAGAUUGAGAGCAUUUCGUUGUGACACUUUUGGAGACGGAUUUGAGACUAAUUUCGCUUCUCUGACCUCGAAGAAUUCGUGAAGGGUGUUUCAUUCGACUUAUCAGAUAAAGAGUUUUUCUGCAUCGAAGACCGAGAGGUCUUUUCUGGUUGUUGUUGAUUGUCUUCGUGGCAGCUUUGCUUAAUUAUUCUCCUCAAAUUUAUUUCUUGCAAACCAGUUUGAUGAUUAGGGUGUUCCCUUUUUGGUGAGCUUGGCUGCACUUAUCUGCUUGCCCAUUUUUCCUAUCUUAUGUGUCGCUCUAGACCCGAAGCUCGGGGUAGUCCUGAAUUUGUUAAAGAUGAAAGCCCUGCUAAUGGAAGAUACCACAGUCGCUUUAGACUUGAGGUCGAGGAACGCCUGAUUAUCCUAAAAGAUGAACUUCUAAUGGAAGAUAUCACAGUCGUUCUAGACCUGAAACUCGGGGAACUUCUGAUUAUGCUAAAGAUGAAGGCCCUGCUAAUGGAGGAAGAUACCACAGUCGAUCUCCUCCACCACGAGAGAGGUCGAGAUCCUAAGCAAGGAGAUGGUCACAAAUCGGUCACUUGGAAGGGCUGUUUCUGGAGAGGGGACGAUAUCCUAAGCAAAGAAAUGAUCUUGAAUCAGUAUUUGUCAAGUGCAGUUUUUAGAGGAGAGCUAUAGUUGCUUAAAAUUACCCUGUUUGUGAAAAUGCAAUGCGUGGUAUAUCAACAAAUUUACAAUUGAAUUUGAUAUUGUGUUAGUGGUUUGAUGUAUUUUGAUAUCCCUAGAAGAGGGUUAAUAAGUGCUUAUGCUGUUGCCGAACCGUGACUGAACUAUUUGUAUAUAUAUAUGAUUUCAAGUGUGAACAUUUUGUAAAUUUUGUUAA